CCUAUUUUAGGUCUAACGUUUUCAAAUCCACUACUGUAAAUGUACUUUGAUACGCUUUUAUACUUGUAUUGUGGCUACAAAACUCAUUGUACUUCAAUUUGGAUGAUUCGAAAGAAUAGGAUAAAAUCGAUACCGUAACUAGGAGCAGAGCCCAAACAACAACUGGUUGCUAACCAAGGACUUAACCUAGUGCAAAACAAUAAUUAAUGUACAUGACAUUCCCGUUCUGUACUAAUGCUCCUACAUUUCAGUUUGUUCAUUUCUGUGUUUCGUAUUGUAUCCAUUGAGUAGCUCUAGCUGCAGGAAUACAGGACGUCGUUUCGUCCACGUCUCUAUCACAAUCUGAAUUUGAAUCUGUUGAACUGCUGUGCAAGGCAUAAAAUAUUUAAACUGAAAAAAAAAGAAAAAAAACCCCAACAAGCACUCAAACAACAACAACAAAGUCAAUGAGGAUGCAUCCUCAAUCGGAACUGGAAAAUUAUAAGUUACAAGUGGAGCUGCUCCAAGAGAAGCUACAUCGAAGUGAGGAUAAUCGCCAGGAGCUAGAGAAAAAAUUGGAGCAGAUAAUGAAAAAGCGAAACGAGCAUGAGAGGACAUUAAGGUCAAGAAGUCAACUAAAGUAUCAACAAUUCUUGGAUGAACAGAAAAAACGAAAUGAACGUAAUCGGAAGCUUGUGGAAAUGUUGGAGCGUAUAGACCAGCAGGCAGCAGCAUUAUCAGCAAGAAGUGAGCGACUUAAAAUGAUGAAGCUACAAUAUGAGCUAUAUUUCUCAAGACUCGUACAAUCAUAUUCAAUGAAAACACUUCAAAACAUUCCUGCGGUUUCACUACGUACCAUUCAGAGGUCAUCUAAUUUAAAUGCGACAUUAAGACCCGAUGACAAAAAUGUCGCCCCAGAGGCCUUCCAAACAUCCUCUACGUCCUUGUCGUCGUCGUUCAACAACACAUCUCAGUUUCAAAGAGUACCUAUACCUGUGGUUGUACCAAUAUCAAAUGAACAAAACCGAUGUCAACCCAGUUGGACAUUUGCUAGUGCCCCACCAGGAGUUCUAAUAGCGCUUCCCAACAAUGCAACUCUUCCCAUGUCUACGUCGUCGUCGUUGUCGGACAACGUUGAAAAUAAGAAAAUCCAAUCCAACUUUUGUUUUGAUUACUCUCAGUUUCCCAUUGGUUACCUUCAGGCAGCAGCUACAACAUCAACUGUCCCAAUGCAAUAUAAUGUGGGCCAAACAUCCUACUUGCAACACCCAUUCCAGCAUCAACAUCAGCAAAAACCAUCAGCAGAAAGACAUACCGAACCAUUGUUCGCAGCUGAUGAUGACAUUAAACAAUCCAGACCGCACUUUGAGUUUAGAGUUGGUGUUGAAACCCCUUCGUCGUUGUCGUCGUCUAUUCCAUUUGCCGAUGUUAAAACUAAUGAAACAAUUUCAAAUAGGACGCAAUCUAACCAACUGAUUCCCGAACAACCAGUAUGUGGCAAUAAACCCAAGAAAUACGAUGAUUUAGAGUUCAAUGAAGACAAAGAGAAUGGCCAGGAGUCCCAAAACUUUAAGCAAACUCGAGGACCAAUGUUCAAUAAGGAUUUCCAAGUUUCCCAUCAAAGUUUAAAGGUUGAUAAAUUACCAAACAUAAAACUGAAUAACUCCUUCCAACAGCAGCAAGAACAGGAGCAAAGGAGGUUUGUACACGAAGGAAACAUACCUAAUACCAUUGAUUUCCGUACCGACAACGACAACGACGACAACAAGUACAUCAAAUAUAUAAAAGAAAUGGAAGAAACGUACGACGAGAAAAAUGUCCCCGUUCCCAUUAGCUUGACUCCUCAAGAGCUCAGCAUUGAUAACAUCACGACAACACUUCAACUACAAAAAAUCCAACAAAAAACACAAAAAAUCGAUAAAACGAAUGUCGGAGACGAUGAAAAAAUAAACGACAUGGAUGACAACGAAAAGAACACUUCAUCGUCAUCGGCCUCCUCAGCUCCUUUGGAUGGUAAAUGUAGCAUAGAAAGUAUUGGUGAUGAAGCCCUUACUUUUACGAAGAAACCAUUCGAAUAUAAGACCCAGAGCCAGAGCCAGCCCCAAGAACACAUAUCUAAUACUGCUCCUGCCAGAAACAUAGAUCCCAGUAGGGAUACGGAACAAAUAACUUUAUUUAAUGGCACAAAAAAUUCCAAAGAUGAAAGCACUCGAGCAAGUAAUAGAACCACUGCAAUUAUUGAUGGUGAUGUAGGUGAAAAUAAAGAAAACACUGAAAAUACACGCAUGGAUCCCAAUUCCAAUGUCAAUCCCAAUUCCAAUACUAAUACAAGCAACAACAACAACUACCGCCCUCUACAUUUUGAUAAGAAGGAAAAAAUGUCGAUUGAAAAUAUAGAAACUGCCAUUUAUGGAGAGCUCCUCACGAAACCUGACAACCUAACUUCUUCUGAUACUGCUGCUGUUGCUGUCUCUCAACCCUUACCAUUGGUGACGGAUAAUCCAAGAGGAAACGGAGGAGACGAUAAGGAAAUUGAGCAAAAUUCUCAGAAAACUAAGGGAUAUGAGUUUACUAAUUUAGAAAAGGACUCCUCAUAUGAACAGGAUCCGGUAAUGGGGGAUGAGCUAGAGCAUCAGCAAGUGGCACCAUAUGCAACGGAAAUUGAGCAGAUUGAAGCGAAACAUGAUGCACUGGUGGAAAACAAUCAGGAAGCGUAUCCUUAUACUGAUAAUGUGGGAUCUAUAGAAGAACAACAAUAUGAUUACAGUUAUUCAGAUCCGAAUGCAGCUACUAUUCAAGAGGGUGCGUCUCAGCAGGAAUACUCUUACACUGAAGAUGGGCAAGUUGCUCAAGGUGACGAAAACUACGCUCAAGACUACCAAAAUUACGAUGCUUCGCAAUAUCCAGCUGAUUAUGACCCUAAUGCAUAUCAAUAUGAUUACAAUCAGGGUCAAUACGAUGAAAAUAAUCAACAACAGUAUGCUCCUGAAGGAUAUAGUCAAGAAUACCAACAAGAUCCUUAUGCAGGGGAAUACGCCAACUACGAACAGGUUGCAUCCAACGAAGGUGAAACUUCUAAUCAGACUUAUGCCGAAGGAGAUUAUGCACCAGUAGAACAAGAGGCUGGUGGAAAUCAAAUUAAAGAGAAUUAUUCUGCAGAGCAGGAAGCCUUCAAUACGGAUAAAGCAGAUACGCAAAAUUUUGAAAACGUUGCAGAAACGUCAUAUGAAGAGAAGAUUGAACCAGAACCAGAUCGUAAUUUAGAACCUGAACAAAAAGUAACACAACCUGCAUCAAUACUAUCUACAGAGAAAAAUAGCGAUCUGGCAUCGAAGAAGAAGAAAAGAGUCAACUUUGUUGACAGCGAAACUGAUGAGAGCUCCACUACCGCACAGAAACAACCAGGAGUUUCGAGUGAAAGUGAUUUUGACUUUUCAACUAAUUAAAUAAACAAAUUGUUAAAGAAAAUUGUUAAUUAAGAUUAAUUUAAUAAAGCGUUUUACUAAUACAUA